AUGAAGGGGGCACAGCUGCUAGUAGAGCACUUAUUGUUCCACCAUGGUGCAGCAUUGUGAGACUCUGAACAGAUCAGUCCAAGUGGUUAAUCUGGAUCCUGCAGCUGAGCAUUUUGAUUAUCCUGUAUUAGCUGAUAUCCGGGAACUAAUUGAAGUGGAUGAUGUGAUGGAAGACCGUUCGUUGAGAUUUGGGCCUAAUGGAGGCCUUGUAUAUUGUAUGGAGUAUUUUGCCAACAAUUUUGACUGGCUGGAGAGUUGCCUUGGACACACAGAGGAUGAUUACAUACUUUUUGACUGUCCAGGUCAGAUUGAGCUUUACACUCACCUGCCUGUUAUGAAGUACCUUGUGGAGCAGCUCCAGCAAUGGGAAUUCAGGGUCUGUGGAGUUUUUCUUGUAGACUCUCAGUUCAUGGUAGAAUCUUUCAAGUUUCUUUCUGGCGUUUUGGCUGCUCUCAGUGCUAUGGUUUCCUUAGAGAUACCGCAGUGCAAUAUAAUGACAAAGAUGGAUUUAUUAAGCAAAAAAGCCAAAAAAGAAAUUGAAAAGUUUUUAGACCCAGACAUGUAUUCCAUGAUUGAAGAUACACCAAGCCGAUUUAAAAGCACCAAAUUCAAGAAACUGACGGAGGCACUUUGUGGGCUUGUUGAUGAUUACAGCAUGGUCAGGUUCCUACCGUUUGAUCGGUCAGAUGAAGAAUGCAUGAACAUUGUUCUCCAGCACAUAGACUUUGCCAUUCAGUAUGGAGAAGACCUAGAGUUUAAGGAACCGAGAGAGAAUGAAGAGGACAAGUCAGAAAACUUUGAUGAAUACUUUCAGGACAGAACUGAUGAAUCAUGAAGACAGAGUUUCUCUGUUAUUUAAUAACUCUUUUUUAAUCAAGAUUUUUUGUUGUGGAUAUGCAGUGUCAGAUAAUUGGUCAAAUGCCUUAGAUCUGUAGACUGUAUUUCUGCAACCAUCAGAAAGAGUGUUUUCAGUUUUGCUGUACUAUAUUGCCACAUUGGCAGAAAGGAGAGUAACUAGAUAAAUUUAUGUAAGCAAAUAAAAUGGGGGAAGCCCUGUUUGGAUUAUGUUACAUUUCCUAGCUAGUGGAUGCAUGUACGAUAUGUUGUAUCAGAAAGGGGUGUAAUACGAACACCGUUUAAAUUUACAGGUGAACAUUUGUAUGUUCUUUAUGGAAAUUUUGCAAAAGGCAGGUAUGAUGUUCAUGUUUCCUUUUGCAUAGCAGAAAUAUAUUUUAAAUAUAUUUUUAAAUUCAUUUGAUCUUUCUUGUUAUAUACUGACACACACAAAACUUAGUAAUACAGAUGUGUUCAAAAUAUUUGACACCCCUGGUCAAAUUACCUGUUUUGCUAAAUGAAAAAAGUUACCACCACCUCUGCAGGGAACAAAUUUAAACAUGAAAUUAUUCUGGUUAUUUUAAUGCACAGAUACUAUUUAUUUACCAAAUUUAAAACAAUUUCAAAGAAAAAGGAGCACAUUUAUUUAAAAAAAUUCAGUUGCUCGUGAUUAUGGAGCUCCACUGCAACAAUCAUAAUUGCAAUAGCAAUUAGCUUUUUUUCUUAUUUAAGAAAAGUAAUGAAAGUGUUUACUGUGAUCAAGUUUAAUUUAAAAAAUGAAUCAUGGAAAAAAACCUGUUAUUCACAUUACAAAAUUCAGGAUAUCCACUUCCAGCUGAUGGCAUCUUGGUAAAAGUCCUGGUUGUUUCACAUUUGUUGUAUCAUAAGUUUUUAAAGGGAUUGUUCACCUUCCAAACACUUGUUUUCAAUUCAGGUGUUUUCAGAUUUUGAGUCCAGCAGCUCCGUAAUCCAGAAAAAACCUUGAACUGUUAGUUUGCUACAUUAGUUGAUACAUUUCUCAGCAGCAUCUUUGAGAUGUUAUUGAUUAUUGUAUUAGGGAUGCACCGAAUCCACUAUUUUGGAUUCGGCCGAAUCCUUCGUGAAAGAUUCGGCCGAAUACCGAACCAAAUCCUAAUUUGAAUAUGCAAAUUAAGGGUGGGAAGGGGGAAAAUAUUUUACUUCCUUGUUUUGUGAAAAAAAGUCAUACGAUUGCCCUCCCCGUCCUUAAUUUGCAUAUGCAAAUUCGAAUUUGGUUCGACCGGUCAGAAGGAUACGGCAGAAUCCUGCUGAAAAAGGCCGAAUCCUAGCCAAAUCCCGGACUGAAUCCUGGAUGUGGUGCAUCCCUAUAUUGUAUCAAUUAUAACAGCUGCCUUUAAUGAAACUCGGGGAUUAUGCCAAGGGCCGGUGAUUAGGAUUGACGCCUCCUCCCAGAGCUGCUCCAGGUGGAUUUGAAGAUGUGAACUUAAAUAUUAGACAAAAUGGUCAAAAAUACAAAUAGAAAGCAAUGGAAACAUGUCUUUAUUUCUGGUGUACUAUCUGUAAUGAACUGAGCUGGAAAAAGUGUUUGUGAACAACCCCUUUAAAAAGGUGUUGAAUUUGGGGUUGCAAAAACUCUAGCAAACCAUUGAGAAGCGUGUUGAAGCUUUCAAAACUUCUUUUAUAAUUAAUGAAACCGUGAUUGUUGUAGCUUGUACCAUUGUAUUUAAAUAUAUAAUCUAUUUUUGCUUUUGUUUCUCCUUUCAGAAAUAAAAUGCAAUUGCAAUUAGUUCGCGUUAGCCUUGGAAUUUAAACCUUAAUAAAUGUGCCUAAAAAUCUUGACAGAGGGAAAAUGGUGCCCCCUGACACAUUGCUGCACAGGUGGUCUCAAUAAAAGGGAGGAAUCUCCCCUGCCUGCAUGAAAUAUGGUGUGUGUGUGGCCCCUUCAAACUGUCUUCUCUUACUCAGUGCCUGUCAUGUAAGGAGAUCUGCACCACCAGUGCAGUAAAAAAUUGUGGGAGUUGUGGCAUUAAUCUGUAUUGGAUGACUAGAGUGGUAGGACUUUUCCCAAUUUAUUAAUAAUAAGAACUUUACCCAAUAUAAUUGCUUUAAAAAUGUCUGAUUUAUAUUAUAUAAAUUAUUAAAAUGUGCCUGCCGGUCCUCCAGGUUGGGCUAUCCCUUUUGCUCCUCCAUUACUAAAUGCUGAGGUAAGCAGUGAGGAGGAAGGACAAGGUGGGUUUCUUCAUACAUCAUCUGAAUUUCAAACUCAGAUGCUCAGGUGUACUGAUCUCUGCUUCUGUGCUGAACACAGAAAUUGGGAAAGCUCCUACUUUUAAUUUAUGGAAGAGGAAUUUUUUGAAUUUAGAAAAGUAUUUCUUUUUGAAAAGUCCUUCCUCUCUGGUAAGAUUUUGCAAAGUGGUGUGUGGCCAUAUAGUGUAUUUCUCUGUGAGUGUACAUUAUUCCCUAUAUACAUUUUAGUUCUGUGAAAGCAAUACACAGGCUGAGAGUACUAAUGUAUAUCAAGUUUUAUAGUUGUAAGUGCUGGUUCUUUGUAUUUUCAUUUACAUUUUUAGAAUGAAUCUAUUUUUAAGAUGAUAGAUCAUCACAAUAAUUGUUUUAAUAUAGGUAAAAGGAAGAGGCCUGCCAGCAUUAUUUAUUAACAUUUUUCUGUGAUGAAAUAAAAGAUUUUUAAUCAUA